UUGUGCUCGGACGGCGGCGGUGGCCGCUCGGGUCCUCCCUGAGACGUCUUCUCUGCUCGCCAGUCCGCGCUCGUCCGUGACGGACCAUGUCGGCGGUGGGAGCGGGCGCGGGUGUGGAAGCGGGCUUCUCCAGCGAGGAGCUGCUGUCGCUCCGCUUCCCGCUGCACCGCGCCUGCCGCGACGGGGACCUGGCCGCGCUCUGCUCGCUGCUGCAGCAGACGCCGCGCGCCCACCUGGCCGCCGAGGACUCCUUCUACGGCUGGACGCCGGUGCACUGGGCCGCGCACUUCGGCAAGUUGGAAUGCUUGGUACAGUUGGUGAGAGCAGGGGCCACCCUGGACGUCUCCACCACCCGUUACGCACAGACCCCAGCCCACGUUGCCGCUUUUGGGGGACACCCUCAGUGCCUCGUCUGGUUGAUCCAAGCAGGAGCCAGCAUUAACAAACCGGACUGUGAGGGCGAGACUCCUGUUCACAAGGCGGCUCGCUCUGGGAGCCUGGACUGCAUUAGUGCCCUGGUGGCUAACGGGGCUCAAGUCGACCUGAGAAAUGCCAGUGGCCUGACGGCAGCAGACAUUGCUCAAACCCAGGGUUUCCGAGAGUGCACCCAGUUUCUCUUGAACCUCCAGAAUUGUCAUCUGACUCGUUUCCAUCACAAUGGCACCUUAAACGGAGGCCAUCCGAGUAUAUUUCCUAAUCACAUUAGUGUGGGAACAAACCGCAAGAGAUGCUUGGAGGAUUCGGAACCCCUUGGAGUGAAGAGAGCGAGAACCGCAGCCCACAGUCUGGAUGAGUCCAUGCCGCUCGUGAGUGGUGAGGCGGAAGACGACCCCGACAAGAUGCACGUGGACAGAGAGCUCGUCACAGAUACGAAAAACAGUAGCUCCGUAUCGAACACACUGACAAACGGCUGUGUCGCCAGUGGACACUCGGACGUCCGCUCCACGGCGCGGCCCGGUGGGAUGGAGAGCAGCAGUGGCCCGUCCGCAGGCCUCAACGGAGUCGGCGCUGGCCGAGCCCCAGGGCCGCCUUUCCCGGGCGGCCCGGGCUCCGCCGGCGCUAACGGGACUGAGGAGCCGGAAAGCAGCCCUCCCGCCAGCCCGGAGACGUGCGGCUCUCUGCACCUCGACGGGAGCCCGAGCAGCUGUGUGGCCCCCAGGCCGUCCUGGGCGGAGGAGAGCCUGCGCUACGGACACUACCACGGCUUCGGGGACACGGCCGAGAGCGUCCCCGAGCUCAGCAGCGCGCCGGGGCACGCCGGCCGCGUGCCGGCGGAGCAGGGCCACCACGGCGCCGCGCACCUGCCGCACGGCCCCUAG